GUGAUUUUGCAAAUAAGUGACAGCAAGUUUUCCUACGAUUGGUUUAUAGUCACACACCCACAAAACGUUUAGCACUGAGGUCAUUGAAGAUGACUAACUUUACUUAAGCUAACUGUAUUUGAAUUGAACGCAAUAACUCAUUAUUGCACGACACGCCAGCCCUCCCAUCCGCGGCAUAUAAAAACAACGUCUGACGACUCAUCCCGUAAUAGAUGCGCGCGUAUUGAAAGAGUAGCUUAGCGUGAGACACAGACAACGUUCAAAAAUGUCCAGUUUUAGUGUAGCUAAUUUAUAUCACUGUGGAUUCUUCACAUACCUUGUGAUGUUCUCGUUUUACGUUUCUAUAACGUCCUCUGUGAGCCUUGACUUGACUGAACUGAGAAACAAAGUUGCAAAAAUCAAAGUUAACCCAAGAGGAAAUUUAUGGGCAACAGGUCAUUUUAUGGGGAAGAAAAGUAUUGAAGACACUGAACAAUUGCCGACCCAGGAGAACGCUGCGAUGAAAGCCAUCGAGGCGGCACUGAAUCCACAACAGGUCGAGCCCAUGGACAUCUUCAAUGAAAUACUGAAGAUCGCACUUCAGACACACAUCGAGUCGCAAGAGAUCAGUCCCAAAGAUCGGGAGACUGCACUAUUAAUGAAGAUAUUAGGCAACUACAUCCAAGGCAACAGAAAAUGAUGAUGGCUUCCACUGGCUGAAAACCAUAAGGGUGUUUCCGUCAUAUGGACAUUUUCAAUUGCUUUUUCAUUGACUGUCAUUUAUUAAAAAGUAUGUCUACCAUCAAAAUGUAGCAACAAGUUAUAUUUAUUUUUGGACAUGCCCAGAAUUGUUAUUCUUAUUCAAUACUUUGUAUUAAUUAAAGACAAGUAGUAAAGAAAGUUGGUCCACCAUGCAUCUACAUUGUUAAAAGUGUCAUAAUUUAACAACUAUCAACAUUUGUAUUCAGUUACUUCUUGCGGUUGUGAUUUAAUAAUUAUACUUAUUUAUUUAUUUAUAUAAAGCACUACUUGGGUUAAAAUCAACCCAGUCAAGGCCAUUUUACAAACUAUCAUGAAUAUCUAGUCACCAAAACAGUAAAAAAACACACGCAUGCUAAGAAAUUAAUCAUAUGUAUGAUCUACACAUGCAUGUAUUAAAGGAAAAAAAACAUUAUCAGCAAACUAUGUUAAGGUUUGAAAGUUUUUUUAACCUAUAGAAAUGGAAAAUAAUUUUUUAUGAGAUAUUAUUUACAAUCCAACUAAUUGUAAUUUAUAAAAAUGCAUAGUGCGUACAU